AUGCCGUCCAACAACCUAGGCGACGACAUCCAGUUCAAGGCAGCGGAGACGGGUGCCGCCGACCCCAUCAUCCAACGUCUUGCCCAAGAAGACAAGGUACCAUGGUACAGGAAGAAGAAUCUACGACACUUGUACUUCGUCCUCUUUCCAACGGCCAUGGGCAUCGAGAUUACAUCGGGUUUUGAUUCACAGAUGAUUAAUGCCAUGCAAUUCCUUGACCCGUGGAACGACUACUUCGGCAAGCCACAACGAGAGAUGAACGGCUUCAUCGCCGCCUCUUACUCCCUCGGCGCCAUUCUCAGUCUGCCAUUCGUACCCAUCAUCAACGAGAGAUUCGGUCGUCGAUGGGCUAUCUUCAUUGGUUCUUGGAUCAUGGUCAUUGGUGCCAUUAUCCAGUGCUUCGCUCAGAACCGGGCCAACUAUAUCAUCGCCCGUGCGAUUCUCGGUUUCGGCAUUCCCAUGGCCAUUGUGGCUGGUUCGUCUCUGAUCGGAGAACUCGGCUAUCCCAAGGAACGUCCAGUCCUUACCUCGCUUUUCAAUGUCUCCUACUUCGUGGGCGAGCUCACGGCCGCUGGCAUAGCUUUUGGAACUCGCUCAAUCGCAGGGGAAUGGGCAUGGCGACUGCCAGGUAUCUUGCAGGCAGUCCCAUCGCUGCUGAAUCUGACCUUGAUCUUCUUCGUGCCCGAAUCUCCGCGAUGGCUGGUCUCCAAGGACAGACAUGAUGAGGCGUACGCUAUCUUGACCAAGUAUCAUGCCGAAGGAGAUCCAGAUUCAGAGUUCGUUCGAGCAGAAAUGGCUCAAAUUCAAACGACCAUUGCCAUUGAACUGGAGGCAUCGAAGAAGUCCUGGUUCGAUUUGUUCACGUCCAGCGGUAUGCGUCGCCGUGUCAUCAUCUCGACCGCGCUUGGUCUCUUCACUCAGUGGUCUGGCAAUACUUUGAUCUCGUACUACCUAUCGACUAUCUUGACAAUGAUCGGAUGGACCGAUUCAGACGACAAGAACAAGGUCAAUGUCGGUAUCUCGGCUUGGUCACUCAUCACCGCUUCCAUCGCCGCCUUCGCUGUUCUCAGGUUCCGGCGCAGAGUCAUGUACAUGAUCUGUACCAUAUCGCUACUGUGCGUCUACAUUGGCUGGACAGUGGCCAUGGAGCGCGCUAUGACUGCUGUGGACGAGGGCGGCAAGAACAAUGCAGCUGGCAUCAUGGUACUGGUCUUCAUCUACCUGUACAAGCCAUGCUACAACAUUGGCUACAACGCUCUGACAUAUACCUAUCUCGUUGAGCUAUGGCCGUUCGCAGAGCGCUCUCGAGGUAUCGCAUACUUCCAGCUCUGGGGAAGACUGUCAACCUUCUUCACCACAUUCAUCAACCCCAUCGCAAUGGCAGACAUCGGAUGGAAGUGGCUGAUAUUCUACUGCUGCUGGCUCGCAUUCGAGAUCGUCUUCGUCUACUUCAUGUUCCCUGAGACCUAUGGUCGUACCCUCGAGGAAUUGGCCUUCAUCUUUGAAGACAAGAACAAGGCCGAGCGGGCCAUUGCCGCUGUCGAGAAAGCUCGAGCUGGGCUUGACGACGAUGAGAAGCGCGUCUCCCUCAGCACUGUUGAGGAUACACAUGGACAAUUGGGUCGCGCUGUGUAG